CGGAAAGGAGGAAAGGGGGCAUCCGAACUGCACAGCCGUCGCGAGUCCGCAGCAGUCAGACGAGCAACCGAUUCCAAGCAAGGACGUGUUCUUUCCUCGACCAACACUUUCGUCCAACAGUCAUCUUCUGAACGAUGACGAUAACAACACUAUUGAGCAAGAUGGUAAAGCGGCCCACAUCAGGCCUGACCAGCAGAACGCAGCUGACCGGCUACCUGCUAUUGGGCCUCAUCUGUUCGGGCGCCAUUGCACCAGCCAUGAGCUACCCGGGCAGCGACUUCAACCCCGCUCUCAUCCACGAAGCCAGGCAGGCGCAUGCGCAAGCAAUCCACACCAGCUCCUAUGAGCCACACCAGCCCCAUCCGCAGUACCACCACCCGGCACCAGAGGCCAGGAAGUUCGCCGAAAAGCCCAACGCCAGCAAAAAGGUGCAGGCGCUCGAGGACAGGAACGAUCUCGAUGAUAUACAGACCAAUCAAAUUCAGGAUGCUGGUGGCUUCUCAUGGAGCAACAUGCUGGGAAUGGUGAUGCAACUGCUGUUUAGCCCAGGCAGCGUGCAACAGGGACCAACCAAAUCUGACAGCCUUGACACCGACACGGUAAACAAUCAUCAACUAAAAUUUAAAACUAAUAAAAUUACGAAUGGAAAUUACUGCUCAUGGUUGCAGGUAAAAAAGCAUUGCAUUGGUAGAUCGGGAAUCCUGGCCGCCGUUCUAUCAGCUGUCCUCGGAUCAAAAGACCCGGACCAAGUAGCAACCAUGGCUAAGCAGGCUGGAGAGUUUAUCAACAUUGUAGUGAACUUGCUGGACGCCCUGAAAACCUCAUUCAGUCACAGGUCAUUGGCAGCGCGCUCAAUUGGCAAGAAGGACUCAGUAUCUGAAGCAGCCGUUGCUGGUUUGACAUUACUCAAGGGCUAUGUGAGGACAAUGAAGACGGCAGAUGACAACUGUAUGCAGAGAUACAUGUGCGAAGCCAACCGCGAGUGCUCAAGCCAGAAUGGAAGCGCCAUCUACUGUCAAUUGGGAACAUACGCAACCAGUUUCAUCCUUCAGCGAUCGAGUUCCUCGCCGUUCGACGCGUUCUACGAGGCCGGCAGGAGGGGACGAAGUGGCGACGAUUGCCAACAACUCUACCUUGCCUGCAACGAAGUCUAAUCCAACCGCAAACUAUCACGUUUAUUUAUUGAGAACCAAUCGUGCCGAUUUCAACAAACAAGGAGCGGUGCAUGCACUAACGAACUAUUCAACUAUUUAUUGUGUGUUGUGCCCCUCAAUUAUCUUUAUUUGAUAGCGAUAUAGAAUAAAUUAAUUUUCUCUAGACUGAUUGAUGGAUUAAGAACUCUAUAGAAAACUGGAAAAUUAUUUAUGGAAACGUGUUGAGAAGUAAUGUAAAAAAACUGGGACUCCAACAAGAUGAUACAUUAUUAUUUAUUUUGAAAAAAUGUAACUAUAAUCUCUUAUAAAGUUGAACUGAGAUGUUGAGAUCUUAUCUUGGAUAGUACAGAGCAUGUUGGAAGACUUCAGUUGUUGUGCUGGUCUGAUUGUGAAUGAAUCUAUUUAUUUAUUUUAUAUUUAAAAAUAAUAUUUAUGAUUUCGAUAAGGAUUAUUCUAAGCAGUCAUAGUUUCGUAUCAUAUCAAAUCAUUCGAUUUUUCCUUAUCAUCCAUCAUGUAUCAUUUACAUUUCACUUCAUUUUCACAUUCGUAAUUUUUCAUGAAAACAUUUUUACAUUAAAUCAUUGCCCACUAAAAUAUCAUCUUUCCAUUGUUCAUCUCGUCUCUAUUACCAUAUCCAUUUCAUCUUAUCAUUCUCAUUUUCCAUUUCAUCUCAUCAUUUUAAUUUUCCAUUUCAUCUCAUCUUUUUAAUUUUCCAUUUCAUAUCAUCAUUUUCAUUUUCAAUCUCAUCUCAUUAUUUUCAUUUUCCAUCUCAUCUCAUAAUUUUAAUUUUUCAUUUCGUCUCAUCAUUUUCAUUUUCCAUUUCAUUUCAUCAUUUUCAUUUUCUAUGUCAUCUCAUUAUUUUCAUUCUCCAUCUCAUCUCAUCAUUUUCAUAUCCUAUUUCAUCUCAUUCCUUUGAUUUUCAUUCAUGUUGUCAUAAAACCAUGUAAAUCGUUCUCAUUAGUAAUUAGUUCACCCUCAUCUCAUACAAUAAUUUUCAAUGUUAUCAUUGUCAUGAAAAUUAAAAUGUAAAACGAUGAACAAAGUGUAAUAUUCCUCAUUUUUAAUUAGGUAUUGAAUUGGAAUAUUAUAUUCUGUGAAUGUUUUUUUUUAUAAGAUUGGAAUAUACAAAUUGUCCGAUAAUUGAUUGCUCAAUUUCUAUAAUCAUACAAGAAAAAUUGAAGUAAAAAUGAAUUUUCAUCAAGACCGAGGUUUUGUAUCUACUGUUUUUAGGAGGUAUCAACUAAUUGAUAAUAUAUAACAUAGGUAAAUCACAGUACAAGUACAUUCCACAUUUUAUUCUAGUAUUUAUACUACAAAUAGUAUUUAGAUUUAGAAUUAAUAGUAGCUUCACAUGGAGAAGUUUGUAAAACGGUUAGAACGCAUAAAAAUGGUUUGGUAAUAGUUAUGACAUUGAUAUAUCUUCAAAAAUCGUUAUUUUCAUUUUGUUAAAUUACAAAAUAUACAUUUUCCCUUCAAUCAGUGGAGACUAUAAGGUUUAAAUUUUAUUGUUGAAGGGGAAGUAAGUAUGAUUUACAUUUUUGGAUUAAUUUGUAGAUAUAUCAGUGAGAAUAGCCUCCAUUAGAUCAUCUAUAUUACAUCUCAGGAAUUUCACAAAGUAUGAUUUAUUACAGUAAUCUGGAAAAUUUAAGAAAUAACUGAUUGUAGAAGGAUUAAGGGUGAUAGGAUUACUCAACAAAAUAGUAAUCAGAGCAAGAGUUUAUACUGUUUAAAUUAUAAUAUGCUGAGAAAUUAGAUUUCUUGAAUGAUCAGUUUGAGAAGAGGAUUACGUAUUAAAUUAUACUUUGCUGAAAAAGUGAGUUGGUAUUUAUACGUUCUUAUAUACGGUAAUUAUUUCUGUGCGGAAGUUUAAGAAAUAGAAUAAAUCUUCAUUUUAGAAUAAUUGGUGAGGCUCUUUGAACCUUUGGAUCUUUGAAUACUGCCUUAAAAACCAAUUUUGGAGCCCAUUUAUAUCUAGCAAUUUAUUGCAAGUGGAACUUCAAGUCCAACAAGACGUAAAGGAUUUCAUUUUCAAGACUUUUACUAUUUUACUACACUCAAAUAAGACAAAUUAAAAAUACUUAAAAAGUUCUUAUAAAUAUCAACUUGCUUCUUAGUGUUAAGUUAAGUUUAGAUAAUACGGUAUACAUGUAGACAUAAAAAUGUGCCUAAUGGUGGGAUGUUAAAAAAAUUACUUAAACAUUACAGAAUCAGUGAUUAUCUGAAAAAUUAGGCUUACAAUCUUGAACGGAUUAAGUUUGCACAGUUCGGUAAUAAAGUUGAAGGAAACUCCUUAGCAGUUUUAUAAAAGGGAAUGCCACAGUAGGAUGUUAGAGACGUAAAAGAAUAAUACUGUAGUUGAAUGAUGAUAAAAAUACUACAAUUUUUAUAUUCCAAUCUUAUAAAUCAUCCAAUCAUUUUCAUAAUCAUCUGCAUUAUCAUUUUUACAAGAAUCUAAUGAAAUAAUUUUAAUUUUUCCUUCUAGAAGUGAAUUAUAAUUGAUUAUUUAAUCGACUUGGUAACCCAACGAUAUCAACUUGACUGGGUUCGACAUUAUUUUCCUAUUCUUGUUAUUUAUUCGUAAUAAUAAAUUUAUUGUUGAUGAUGUUGUUUUAUUAGCUUAUAAUAAAGUGUGUAUGAUGUAUUAUUGAACAUAGUCAAAUUAUGUACAUGUGUGAGAGAAUUAAUAAAUCAUUUGAAAAAAUA